UCAUAAACAACAACAGAGUCGCGACGUAACAUAAAGUCGCGACAUAAACUGGGCAUAAAUAUUUUACCUUUAAAGGACGAGAAGAGAAUUCUCAUUAAUACAUAUAUAUUUAAACUACUCAUGUCUAUAAAGAAGGACAUUCAGUUGCCACCUCUCUCAACGUUUGAAAGCAGACUUUCAUCAAGCAAGGGGACUCAAGGGCAAGUGAGGUCUGUGUCGAAAAUCCUAAAAGUUACAGAUGGAUGUUGCUCUGGCUAUCUUUCCACCUGGCCUGCCCAUGUCAGUUCACAGGUUGUCCAGCAACCCAGUCAAAAACACAUUUGCUCUGGAGCAAACAGAAACCAUGGAUUCAGUGAGGAAUUUGGACGUACUAUAUCUAAGCCACGGUUCCUGGAACAACUGGAGUGCUAUCUCAGGAGAGAACUGGCAUCUUUAGACAUGCAUAGCCCCAAAAUCCAGCAGCUCAAACUUCAGGCAUACAGAGAAGUUUUUGACUAUUUCAUUGAAGGCUUUAAAACUUACAAGCCAUUAUUGUCUGCCAUCAAAAAUGAAUAUGAAAUUACUCUAGUAUAUCUGCAGCAGCAGAUCCAAGAGUUGGAGCCUCUCCGUGCCCAGAUGGUGCUGCUGUCUGAACAGUGUGAGGAAAAGAUUCUAGGCCUGAGGGAGCAAGAGAGAGCUGAGAUCACGGCUUUGAAACAGCAACACCAACAUCUGCAGCAAGUUGUUGGGAGCAUGAAGGAGCAGCAGAGAGCUUUGCAGACCCAGGUUUCAUAUCUAGAGGCGGACCUGGCAAGACAGUAUGUGUUGUACAGGGAGGAACGUGAUGCCCGCAGGCUGCUCAUUGACAACAUCAGCAGCAUGAGCUACAGCCCACAGGAGCCUGGUUACACACUGGAUGAGGAUCCUGUCAAUCUAAAGCUGGCAUUGGAAGUGUGUAGAGAGGAUCUAAACAAGGCCCAGACAGAGCUCAACCACUUGCUUGCAGAAUAUGGAGAUGUGGUUCCCCGGAGGGACUGGGAGAAUCUAGAACGCAUGCACCAGGAGAACCUGCUAAAGCUGGAGACCCUACAGUCUGACUUCAACCAAUUGAAGACGGAAUAUGACACACUGCUAAAUUUACAUCAGCAGAUCAGCACACAGAGGAACAGCCUUCACAGAAAAUCCUCAACUCCUAGACCACAGUGGGAGCAGUGUGCAGAUAUAAUUGGUAGCAGAGAUCGUUGCUCUGAGCUCUUUGAGGGACAGUCCAGUCAAAAAAGACUGGAGAUCUUGCUGAAGGAGUUGAGCAGCAUGGGCCUUGAGCAGAAGGACUUCUUUACUGGACUGGGUACUUCCAAUGAUGUUCCCAUUUACUUGCGCUAUGAGGGGCAACUGAGGAACCUCAGACUAAAAAAGACUGAUGUUGUUAGAGUUCUAAAGGACAUAUGGAGAGAGAAAGCAUCUGAAGAUGAGAAGACGGAUGAACGCAGUGAUCUAAAGGAGUUUCUGCACCGGUACCUGUUAAAGCAGCACGAGGAGAGGGCAGGACAAUGGGCUUACAGCCUGCUCGAUGGCAUCAAGAGUUAUGCAGAAGAUGACUUCAUUGGUCUCUUCUAUGACAUUCUCCAAGGCAAGGUGGAUGAAAGUGUGUACCGUGGACAAACACAUCUACUGUCUCAUCUGCUCAAGGUGCUCAUACAGGGUGACAGCACUGAGAGUGGAUUUCUAAGUACACCCCAAUUCAGUGAGGCUCUGAGGACAGCUUUUCCUCUGAAAGGAGAUCAGGAUAUAGAGGAACUGGUGCAGGCUGCUCAGUCAGAACUGCAGACCAGUGGAGGAAACAUUGCCUACCAGAGGCUGUACACAGAGGACACAGAUGGAAAGCAGAGUGAUUUUCUGGGUCUGGUAAAAAAGCAGGCUAUGGCGGAGAGACGGCAGUACAUCAGCCAGCUGGGGAAACAACUAGGAGGCAAAGGGGAAGUGGGAGUGGAAGACUUAAGAGCUGUUUUCAACACAAUCGAUCCCACACUGGACUCUGAGACUCUGGACUGUUAUUUAAGUGCGGUCUUUCAAACGAAAGACCUGCGCAAGUACACAGAGCGUUUGGACACUGAUGUGGCACUACAGCGCCUCUCUGCAGCUAAUGUAAACAGGGCAGGACCUAUGCCUGAGUUAGAAUAAUUAAUUUUCACAUGUUUCACAUAAUCAUGGUAAAACAUAAUUAAGGAAAUAUAAAAAAAUUCAUUUUUAAAUCUAAUAGAACACAUUCAAGAUCUACUAUUCAGCAUUUUGUUUAAAGGUGUAUUGGGUAAGAUUAGACCUUUUUUGUCAAGAGUCUGUGCUGUCAUUGAAAUUCUUCCUGUCCAUGUUCAUGAAGCUCCACCCACAUGAUCUACAGUGGCUUAGAGAGGGUCUGUAAAGCGACUGACAGGAAGCGCAUUCAAACACAAAAAUAAAUAAAAUGUUCCAAAUCAGUUUUCUCCACAUGAGUUUUAUAAGCGACCUAACCUAGGCCAUGGUUAAAUCUAUUGUUUUUUUUUCAUGUUCUACAUACCUUCCAGAUUAUUUG